CACUGGACAAUUGUAUUUGGAAAAUGUAAUAAGAAAAGAUUGAAAAUUAUAAAAUUGUGAAAUCGAGCAAAACCCUAACCCCCAUUUCCACGACCGGCUGGCGUCUAACGCAUAUUGGAUUAUAAUCUCAUCGGCAGCAAAACCCUAAUUUUCCUAUAUACAGACAAAGAGGGGGUGAGGGAGAUACAGAAGGCUCGAUUUCGUGAAUGGUGACGGUUGAAUGCAGAGGAGAGAUGGUGGAAGAGAAGGAGCAGCCGGUCAGGAAACGGCGGCGUCUUACGUGGGACGUCCCUCCGUCCGAUCAACCUGAGGCUAAUGCACGGCCUCCGCAGUCAGCGGUGCUGCGUCGACACGUUUCGCCGCCGAGGAGGGACGAUGAUCGUGAGGGGCAUUACGUGUUCAGUCUUGGGGAGAAUCUCACUCCGCGAUAUAAAAUUCUUAGCAAGAUGGGUGAAGGAACUUUUGGUCGAGUUUUGGAAUGUUGGGACCGUUGUACAGGAGAGUAUGUGGCAGUUAAGGUGGUUCGAAGUAUAAGGAAAUAUCGUGAUGCAGCAAUGAUUGAGAUUGAUAUACUACAACGUCUUGCUAAGAAUGAUAAAGGUGGAUCGUGCUGUGUGCAGAUUCGAAAUUGGUUUGACUACCGUAAUCAUAUAUGCAUUGUGUUUGAGAAGCUUGGACCAAGUUUAUAUGAUUUUCUAAAGCGAAAUAAAUAUUGCCCAUUUCCUGUGGAUCUUGUUCGGGAAUUUGGACGUCAGCUUUUGCAAUCUCUAGCAUAUAUGCAUGAUUUACGCUUAAUCCACACUGACCUGAAGCCAGAAAAUAUACUUCUUGUGUCUUCUGAGUAUGUAAAGCUUCCUGGCUCCAAGAGAUUUUCAGAUGAAACACAUUUCAGGUGCUUGCCAAAGUCAAGUGCUAUUAAGCUGAUUGAUUUUGGUAGUACUGUAUUUGAUAAUCAGAACCAUAGCUCGAUUGUUUCCACAAGGCAUUACAGAGCACCUGAGAUUAUUCUAGGACUAGGAUGGACUUACCCAUGCGACUUGUGGAGCGUUGGUUGCAUACUUGUUGAACUUUACUCGGGUGAAGCAUUGUUUCAAACGCAUGACAACUUGGAGCAUUUGGCCAUGAUGGAGAAGGUUUUGGGACCCUUGCCAGAGCAUAUGGCUCAACGGGCUAAUCGUGGCGCUGAGAAGUAUUUCAGGCGAGGCCCACGACUGAACUGGCCAGAAGGAGCUGUCUCUAGGGAGAGUAUCAGAACAGUGAGUAAGCUGGACUGUCUCAAGAAUCGAGUCUCGAAACAUGUAGACUGCUCUAGAUCUUCUUCCCUCGUCGACUUGUUGCAUGGUUUGCUAAAGUUUGAUCCAACAGAACGUCUCACAGCCCGGCAAGCCCUUGACCAUCCCUUUUUCAAGACUCCAUGACAACAUGCAAUCAACAUACUCCACCGCGUUGGCCGAUGAACGCAGAAGAGAUGGUAGCUCAGUGCAAUGCUGCAAAUCGUAGUGUUUGUGUAGCGUGUUCAUCUUCUCUAGAUUGCGAAGCGACCAUGACCAGAUGGAGCAGCAACGCAGAUGACGCAGCGAUAGCGGUCGAUAGUCUUUCAUUUCUGGCCAAAUUUGCUUCUGUAAUCGCUAUAAGUUCCUGGUGAGCCAUGGCCCCAUGUUAGUUAUGACCAUGAACCUGCAGUUGUUCAGCUGCAAGGAGAGCUAAUCGUGCUAUCAACAUUUUCUCUUGUUGCAAUUGCUGACACACUUUAUAAAAUAUGGUGGCGCUUUACGUUAUUAACAUUUUAUUUUAUUUUAUCACAUUUUCUGUUGAGUAUUAA